CUGCUCGUGCAGGGAAUCACCGGGCGCGAAGGAGCGUUCCACGCCGGGGCCUGCCGCGACUACGGGACGACGCUGGUCGCGGGAGUCACUCCCGGGAAGGGGGGAGCGACCGCCGCCGCCGGCGUGCCGAUCUUCGACACGGUGGCCGAGGCGGUGGCGGCAACCGGCGCCAACACCUCGUUCGUGGUCGUCCCGCCGGCCUUCGCCGCGGAUGCCCUCUCCGAAUCGGUCGAUGCCGGACUCGAGCUGGCGGUAAGCAUCACCGAGGGCGUCCCGACCCGGGACAUGGUCCGGGUGAUGCGCGCCGUCCCGCCGGGCGGCACCCGGAUUCUCGGCCCGAACUGCCCGGGAGUCAUUUCUCCGGGGAAGGCCAAGGUCGGCAUCAUGCCGGGAUUCAUCCACCGGGAGGGCCACGUCGGGGUCGUCUCCCGGAGCGGGACGCUCACCUACGAGGCGGUGCAUCAGCUCAGUCAGCGCGGCAUCGGCCAGAGCACCUGCGUCGGGAUCGGCGGCGAUCCGGUCAUCGGCACCUACUUCGUGGAUGUGCUCGAGCUCUUCGCCGCGGAUGACGAGACCGAGGCGGUCAUCCUGAUCGGCGAGAUCGGCGGGGGCGCCGAGGAAGAAGCCGCGGAGUUCAUCCGGCGCGAACUGAAAAAGCCGGUCGUCAGCUUCAUCGCCGGCCAGACCGCCCCUCCGGGACGGAGGAUGGGUCACGCCGGAGCGAUCGUCAUGGGCGGCAAGGGAACCGCCGCGGACAAGAUGGAGGCGCUGCGUUCGGCCGGUUGCACGGUCGUCGAGAGCCCCGCCGAUCUCGGCGCCGCCAUGGAGUCCCAGCUUCGCGGGUAG